GCUUCUUUAACGACAUUACUUAUCUCCUUUGAUAUAAAUUUCUUGUCCCCACGAUCUGUACAACAUUUAUUCCUUGUUUAUUGUAUCAUUAUAUUUUUUUUUUUGGUUUGCCUUUUAGUUAUCCUACGCCACAAUGCUUCGCAACGCCGCUGCUGGCGCUCGCAAGGCCGUGACGGAGCUGUCACAAUUCCCAAAACCUGGCGAGAAGCUCCACGGUUUCACCCUUGUUCGAUCCAAGCACGUCCCGGAGCUCGAGUUGACGGCUCUACACCUUCAACACGACAAGACCGGCGCCGACUAUCUCCAUAUCGCUCGUGAUGACAGCAACAAUGUCUUCUCAAUCGGUUUCAAGACGAACCCUCCGGAUGAUACCGGUAUUCCUCAUAUCCUCGAGCACACCACGCUGUGCGGUAGCGAAAAAUACCCCAUUAGAGAUCCCUUUUUCAAGAUGUUGCCACGAACGCUAUCGAACUUCAUGAACGCCUUCACAGCCUCGGAUCACACCUUCUACCCCUUCGCAACAACCAACGCGCAAGAUUUCAAGAACCUCAUGUCUGUGUAUCUGGACUCAACGUUGCAUCCGCUGCUCAAAAAGUCCGACUUUACCCAGGAGGGCUGGAGAAUUGGGCCGGAGAACCCCCUUGCUGAGGACGAGGCGAGCAAGAAGCUUGUGUUCAAGGGUGUUGUGUACAACGAGAUGAAGGGCCAAAUGUCGGACGCUGGCUACCUAUACUAUAUCCGAUUUCACGAUCAUAUUUUCCCCGAUAUCAACAACUCUGGUGGCGAUCCCCAGAAGAUCACCGACCUCACAUACGAGCAACUGCAAAAGUUCCAUGCGGAACACUACCACCCUAGCAACGCCAAGGUCUUCACCUAUGGUGAUAUGCCCCUGAUCGACCACCUCAAGCAGGUUGACACGCAGCUCCAAGCUUUCGAGAAGAUUCAAGGCGAUAAGCAGGUUCAUGAGCCAGUUACUCUCAAUGGCCCCAAGGAAGUGACCCUCUACGGUCCCCUCGACCCCCUUGUUGAUCAAGAUCGCCAGUACAAGACGUCCGUCUCAUGGAUUAUGGGCGAUACCACUGAUGUUCUCGAAUCAUUUUCUCUGGCUCUUCUUUCCACUCUUUUGAUGGAUGGUUACGGUUCCCCCCUAUACCGUGGUCUUAUCGAGGCUGGUAUGGGAGCUGAUUGGAGCCCUAACGCCGGCUAUGACAGUUCUGCCAAGAAGGGCAUCUUCUCCAUUGGCUUGACUGGUGUCCAGGAGGGUGAUGUGCCCAAGCUCAAGGAGAAAGUUCAGCAAAUCUUGCGAGAUGCGCGCAACAAGGGUUUCGACAAGACCAAGAUUGACGGCUCCCUGCACCAAUUGGAGCUGUCGCUGAAGCAUAAGACUGCCAACUUUGGUUUCUCUAUGCUGAACCGUCUUAAGCCAAAGUGGUUCAACGGUGUCGACCCUUUCGACUCAUUGGCAUGGAAUGACACCAUCAAUGGCUUCCAGGCCAAGAUGGCCGAGGGCAACUACUUGGAGGGUCUUAUUGACAAGUACCUCCUCAACGAUAAUACUCUGACUUUCACUAUGGCCCCUUCAACAACUUAUGGUGAGGACUUGGUAAAGGAGGAGCAGGAGAGGCUUUCAACUAGAAUCCAGGCGGCGAUCAAGGAGGCUGGAAGCGAGGAGAAGGCGCGAAAGCACUUCGAGAAGCAAGAGCAAGAAUUGUUGGUCGAGCAAAACAAGACAAACACCGAAGAUCUUGGUUGCUUGCCAACUGUCCAUGUCAAGGAUAUUCCCCGAAGCAAAGAGGCUGUUGUUGUUCGAGACGAGAACGCCAACGGAACAAAGAUCCAAUGGCACGAGGCACCCACCAACGGCUUGACAUACUUCCGUGCUAUCAACACGCUGGAGAACUUGCCAGAUGAGCUUCGUGAGUUGGUUCCUCUGUUCACUGACAGCAUCAUGCGCCUCGGUACCAAGGACUUGAACAUGGAACAGCUUGAGGAUUUGAUCAAGCUUAAGACUGGCGGCGUUUCGGUUGGAUACCACUGCACACCAUCUCCCACAGAUUUCCAUGCUGCCAGUGAGGGCAUCAUCUUUACUGGUAUGGCAUUGGACCACAACGUUCCUGUUAUGUUUGACAUCAUCCAGAAACUCGUUUUGGGAACCGACUUCGAUAGUCCUGAAGCUGCCCUUAGAAUUCGCCAGCUUCUCCAGGCUUCUGCUGACGGUGUUGUUAAUGACAUUGCAUCAACCGGACACAGAUUUGCCAUGGGAAGCGCAGAGUCUGGUCUCACCCGAUCUGCGUGGUUGCGACAGCAAGUGUCUGGUCUUUCACAAGUGCAGCUGGUGACUUCGCUGGCCAGCCGCCCUGAGACUGAUAAGCUUGAGGACGUCAUCUCUAAGCUAAAGCAGAUUCAGAACCUUGCACUUGUCGGUGGAAAUCUCCGCACCGCGAUCACUUGUGGCUCGGAGAGCGUUGCGGCAAACGGGGCUUCGCUGCAGAACUUUGUGGGCAACCUUUCUCGUGACCCCUUGAACUUGAAGAACCCUUCGCCCCGACAGCUUCCCAAGGAUAGCAAGACCUUCUACCCUCUACCUUACCAAGUCUACUAUGGUGGAUUAUCACUACCGACCACCUCAUACACAUCGGCAGAGGGUGCACCUCUUCAAAUUCUGUCCCAGCUCCUCACACACAAGCAUCUUCAUCAUGAGAUCCGUGAGAAGGGUGGCGCAUACGGUGGCGGUGCUUACUCUCGAGCCUUGGACGGCCUCUUCGGCUUCUACUCUUACCGGGAUCCCAACCCCCAGAACACCCUCAGCAUCAUGCGAAAUGCUGGCCAAUGGGCUGUCGAUAAGAAGUGGUCAGACCGCGAUUUGGAGGAGGCCAAGAUCUCUGUGUUCCAAGGAGUCGAUGCGCCCAAGUCUGUGAACCAGGAGGGCAUGGGCCGUUUCCUCUCGGGCAUCACCGAAGAGAUGAAGCAGAAGAAGCGAGAGCAGUUUCUGGAUGUUACCAAGGAUCAGGUUCGCGAGGCUGCGCAGCGUUACCUUGUUGACGGACUGGCCAAGGGUGAAGGCCGAGUGGCUUUCCUUGGAGAGAAGCAGGCGUGGGUUGACGGCGAGUGGCAGAUCCGCGAGAUGGAUGUCAAGGGCGCUGAGUAAAAGAUUUACGACUAAAGAGCUUAUGACGGCACUAGAGACGGAGGCGGCAGCGUGCUAAAAGGAUUGACGAAGCAGCUCCAGCUGUAUGACAACAUGUACGAUGAAGUGUAGACUACACAGAUGAACAAAGCAUAAAUGACUCUCCUC